GUAUUUGCAACAUGGUCUCUCCGCAGAUCCGUUGUAUUGUAGUUGUUGAACAAAAACACGUGAACCCAGCACUGGCGCGGUUAUCUGACUUCGUGUAAAGAGAGAAUAUCGAGGUUUUGUGUGUGUGCAGACGACAUUCAAGCGGUAAAUACAGUUGAAUGAGUUGUGUUGGAAAAGGUCUCGCUGGCCUAUAGAACUUGGCUAAAUCUAUAUAGGACACAAGUUUGUUGUACUUGGAUCGCUAGCUAUCGACGAAAGCACUCAAGUUAUCCGGUUGAAUAUUUUAUAAGAGCAGCGAAGCCAAGGACGUACUUAACAGCUGUGAAACAUUAAAGUCGUCUGGGCUUGGAGGAGAGACAGGCGGUUUCCCAGCGGUCGGAUGAAAUUGUAUUAACUGUUGGAGCCAUGUCAAAGAAGGAGCAGAAGUUCUACGUGUGUCUGCACGAACCUUGCAGCUUCACCACCGACAAGAGGAAGGCCAUCUACACGCAUCUGGUGCGUACGCACAACGAGCGGAAGGAAGACUACGAGUGCGAGUACUGCAGCACGGUGUUCGAGCAUGAGGCGGUCAUGGAAGAGCACCUGCACGUGCACCACCCGCAGCAGCCGUUCACGUAUACUUGCGUAUCAAGGAUUGAGAACAUCAUCAACACGUGCGCUAAGAUGGGCACCGAGGCUGUCCGCGAGGGCGGAAGUGAUUGUACUAAAGAUGGCUUAAAUGAAGCACACGUUAUUAAACCAUCUUAUUCUUCAAAACCCCAGACCCGGCCAGAUAUAAGCCAGAGGACGAAAGCCUCUGUAAACGAGUCACUUACACAGAUAGCCAUGUACGUUAAAGCAGAACAAGAUGACGUGCCGCUUGAUGAGUACGACGGACAAACGGACGAAGACGCGUGCGGUAGCGAUGUAGGAGACUCCGUUCCUAGUGAUGACGAUUCUCCCACUUACACGUCAAAGCCGUCGGGACUAAAAAUAAAAUUUAGUCGUAGGAAGGAACCCAAUCCAGAAGACGGUAGUAAUUCAAGGGACCGGUCAAAGUCGCCCCCAAUGUUACUUCCUCACAUGAUGGCCUCGCCUACAGUUACUUCCGGUCAGGAAACGACACCGCCUGACAUUAUCCAUGGAGGUGGCCAUUUGGUCAGCCAUGCUCAGGUGCGAGACAAGUCGUCCAAAUAUUACGAUAAACUAGAGGUGUACCAUUCCACUGACAGACAGGGUCGUAGAUGUUGUCCGUUCUGUGACUACAAAACUUCGAAGAAUACCAUACGUGUCCACCUGUCGGGAAUACAUAAAAUUCACUUCGUCAAAUGUUCCCUGUGUGAUUACAAAGCUGCGUUCCCGCAUCAGAUAACCCAGCAUGGCAUCAAGUUUCAUAAAACCACGAACCUCAAUGUCAUCCAACUUUCUAAGGAGUAUCGAGAGCGUAUCAUUGCCAACCUUAAACAAACACAUACAAUCGAUUCUAGCCUUAUCAGUACCGAUAUUUCGGAACAAAUUGAAGGCACUGCAUCCAUCGAGGAUGAAGACUUCAAUUCUGAAGAAAGUUACCCAUCGUCUGGCGACGAAAUAUCUGAGCCUCCAUCAAAACUCAACACAUCCAGCACUGGGGAUGAGCGUUCCCCUGUAGUGGACGAACGCGUGUUUAAGGCGCCGGUUUCCCAGACAUCCAAGACGGAUUACUACAGCAUUCAGUUCGAGAAGGGCGUGUACCUGUACAGCUGCAACCUGUGCCCUUUCCAGACGCCCGUCCGCGCCACCAUAUACACGCACAAGUAUCGCCACGAGGAGAAGUCGUACAUGUGUGGAUACUGCGACUUUACCGCCGCACCGAGGUCUAACGUUGUUCAUCACCUGCGGAACAAACACAAGGCACUUCCGGUUAAAGUGCGGGAGGCUGACGACCUCUCCGACAGGGUCAAACAAGAACCUGAGGAAGGCGAAGAUCAAUCGACGGGGGAGAAUGGAGCGGCUGCUCUGCCGGAACAGAACUCGAUAGUUGAAAGUGGCCACAGGGACGCACCCACAGCCAUAUCAGAGAAGCCACAGCAGACGAUAAUCAAGGUGCCUCAGUUCAAGCGUUCAAUAACCGUGGAGCAAGGCCCGCCAGAACCCAACAACCGGAAAAAGGCCAAGAUGGCGGAGGAAGCAAGCCCGAACGAGUACAAACUGUCACUGAACAAGCUGUACCGAAUCAACCCCAGCGGCUCCCCGAAGUUCCUGUGUGUCAUGUGUAGCUACGCCUGCGACACGCACCCAAAGAUGAAGCAUCAUCUGUACCGACAUAGACCGCAGAAAUACAAGUGUCCCUACUGUGAUCAUAGAAAAUAUCCAAGAUCGUACGUAGUACGUCACGUCCGGGACACGCAUCGGAACAAGCCUGUUCGCGUGAUUGACUUGUCGAAAGGCAGCGAACCGGAAGAUAUACCGGAGUACGCACAGGAGAACGCCGAACUGGAUGAGGCCGAGGAACACGUGACUGAAGAGAUAGACCACAUUGAGUCCGAGGUGAAUAACGCGUCAAUGGACCUAGCUGACGACGCCCUUGACAAUGAUACAAAUGAAGAAGUGGACGCACUGAAGAAGUUUACUCAGAAGCUGAACCUCCGCGCCGUCCUCACGGCUGACCUGAAUGACGACAUCUUUUCAACCACAUCCACCGCCAACGAUACGUCGUUCACGUCAACGCCGCUGAUCGAAUCAAUGAUCAACGGCCAGUACAAGUCCACCAUACCCAAGAUAACGACAAAGAACUUCGAGAAGAAAAAGAGCCUGCGAGAUUACCGCGUGAACACGGGUAACGGGCCGCGCUACAUCUGCAACAAGUGUGGUUACGGCACGGAGAACUACAAGACCAUCCAUAACCACAUGUACCGACACGAGUCACAGCGCUACCAGUGUCCUUAUUGCGGAUACCGGCGCUCUCCCAGAUCGUUCGUUGAGAACCACAUCCGCGAGGUACACAAAGGAAAUCCGGUCAUCGUCACAGAGCUUACCGGAAAUGAAGACCUCGACGCCGCUGAAAUAGUUAAAGACGAAACUGUUGAAUCGCCACCGGCGCCAACAAAGCUUCCAGCCAAAUGGCCAGCACCGAAGCCUUUAAUUUCAGUCAACGUCUCAGCCGGUGUACCAUUACUGAUAAAAACGGAACCAGUAGAAAACGAAACUAUACCAGCGCAGUCUACCGUUGUAAACACAGUGGCCAUACAUCAGACACGUCAGCAGACGGCUGCUGCCAACUCGUCGUCUCCUAUUAAACACACACUGCCGCCACCACAAGCUGCUGAUAAUCCUGUUAAAGUCAAGAAGGAAACUCGUACCACCUUUAAGACAAUGUACAAGUGUACGUUUGACCCAGAAACUUGCAAUCACAUUUCAAAAGACAAAUCUAAAAUGAAGCAGCACCUGUUUAUGCACGUGGAGUACAAACCCUGGACAUGUGACUUCUGUGAAAUGACGGCAAGCCAAUCGUCUCACAUCAAAAACCACGUGAGAACUGAGCACCCUGCAGUCCCGGAAACCUCGUUCAGAUACAAGAAACACAACUACCUAGAGAAACACAUAGAGAGCUUCCUAACCAAGGGCUUAUUCACGGUCCCUGUGAACGAAUAUCGCGUUAUCAUGGACAUGAAAGGAAACACGAAAUCAUCCAAGCAGCAGUCAACAUUUUCCCGCGACCUGGAGGGCAACAUCGAGUGUCCGUACUGCUCGUACAGGACCAAGAGUGGCGGUAUGACGGACCAUGUAAAGAUGAAGCACAUGCAGCCCCGGUUCAAGUGUCAUUGGUGCGACUACCGCGCCUUCUACCGGUCCGAGGUGCGCAAACACCACCGAAAGGAGCGCAGUCAUUGUGGCCGCGAUUUCAAGACGCAAGAGUUGGACCUCGUGCAAGUCGUAGAGGAGAUAAGAGACAAAAACGGUGACCAAUUGAUGGAUGUAAACGGAGGCCUAGUGGGGUACAUACCGAACUUGCUCCCACCUGAAGACGACGACGACGACGACGACGAUGAUGAUGAUGAUGAUGAUGAUGACGAUGAUGAUGACGAUGACAACGAGGUUGACGAGGAGAAUGAGGGCGGCGACGACGGUUCUAGCGACAGCUCAUCGUUCGGCGAGGACGUUCAGGGUUACGUUGAAUACACCACCGAGCAGCUCUCACAGCUCUGCAACCGGAACAAGCGCAAGGCUGCCACCGUUCUUCAGUUGGAUAUGGACCAGACUGACAAGACGGAGCAGUUGGAUACGGCCAGUAGCGGAAGUGAAUGUGUAGCGAUUGCAAAGGAUUCACCUGAGCUCAGUGUUCAGUCACCAUCGUCUUCUAAAUUUAAAUGUGGCUACUGUCCCUUUUCUGCUGCUUUGAGGGUGAAGGUCAAGAUGCACUGUGCAAAGAAACAUGGAGACAAGAAACUGUACGUUAUAGACCCGCCCUCAAAGUCGAGGAGUCGAAUGUCAAUAUCGUCCGAUGGCACGGAGACCAACAAUAUAGUGAACGUUAGUUGUGACGAAAUCAAGGGCACAAAGUUUGAACAAGAUCUCAGGAAAGCUGGUGUUUUUAAACUUAAUCUUGCAUCUCUUUUCCCCAACAGUAAACGCUUUAAGAAGAACGCUGGUGACAAUCAGCAGAGAUAUUCAUCAGCUAAAUCAGCUUCGCUCGAUGGUGGUGAAUUUAAAAAGCCGCUACAACCUGUUUCAACAACAGCACAGUCAGUCAUUGGCAACUGUAAAGACAUUGUGGAACAUGAGACAGUCACGGAAGAGAUGGAACAGAAUGAUGAAAGCGUUGAAAAUAACAAUGAAAAAGAAACAACAAUAGCUUAUGGCGAUUUGGACGAUCACUCUGAAACACCUGAAACGCACGAUACUGAUGAUAAAGAAACUACCGUUCAGGAUAUUCCUAUGGAACAUGUAAGCGGGAAAGUGCGGACGGCCUACCCUCACUGCACGCCGGUUAUACUGGAAACCGACGAAGAGAGCAUUAAUAGUUGUGAUGCCGAUAUGACAGCGCAUAGUGUAACUAACCAGGAAUCUCAUGAAGGUGAUAUAGACGCUGAUAUAGCUAGAUCGAGGGAAGAAAGUCAAGUUUUGGAAACUGUUGUCAGUGUUGGUAAUGGCGUAUGUGCGAUUGACGGCGUAAGUCUCGCAAGAGAAGUGUGGAAUACGACCGACAGUGGGAAGGGGUGUGGAGAUAUUGGAGAGCUGUUCUCGUUGAAGAACCAGCACGGUAGUACGCGCUGCAAUGGUGCGGAGUUGAUCAACGGGCACGAGCUCGUUGAUAUAUAGGGAAUCCAGGAAAUGGCGGUUGUCGAACGUUGUUAGAAGUUGAUGAUAUAAUUGUGCUUCAUUUAAAGGCAUGUUGGGGACCGAAUAUAAGUAUAUUCAAAAUGCAAGAACAUUUAAUUUCUUGGAGAUUAUUUUGUGAACAUUAUAAGAAAUGUUUCUUCUUUAUAGAU